ACAAGGACGGACAGGAUUUCUACGGGCGUUUCACAGUCUUUAUCUAACACGCGUUUUUUGUGUGACAUUGGUGCGAUGUGAAUGGCUUUUAUCGCACCCCUCUUAACAAGGAUUUACAGUUUCUACUCUGGGACUACUUUACGUAUAACGUUAUCUCUUUCACACGCAGGAAUGUGCGACAUGGGCAUAAGCAUGAGUCGUUCUUCUCUUGAGAGGCUUCAGUUUGAUAAUGUUGCCCUUAGAAAGCUUCCGCAGGAUAUGUCCACCGAACAUGGCGUCCGACAGGUACGGAGUGCCUGCUUCUCUAAAGUUCAACCCACACCUGUCAAGAACCCGAGGUUUGUGGCAGUCUCGGGUCCAGCUCUCGCACUUCUGGGUCUUGAUGCUGAAGACGUCUUGAAGGAUCAACUGGGCCCAGAAUAUCUGAGUGGGUCAAAAGUCAUGCCUGGGUCAGAGCCGGCUGCCCAUUGCUACUGUGGGCACCAGUUUGGGCAGUUUGCAGGACAGCUUGGUGAUGGAGCUGCAUGUUAUCUGGGAGAAGUGAAAGCUCCAGCAGAUCAGAACCCUGAACUAUUACAUGAGAAUCCUACUAGACGCUGGGAGAUCCAAGUAAAGGGUGCCGGGCUGACACCAUACUCAAGACAAGCAGAUGGACGGAAGGUUUUGCGAUCCAGUAUCCGGGAAUUCCUUUGCAGUGAAGCAGUUUUUGCUUUAGGAGUGCCCACCACAAGAGCUGGAUCAGUAGUGACUUCAGAUUCACGGGUCAUGAGAGAUAUCGCCUACGACGGGAAUCCACGUAUGGAAAGAUGCUCUAUAGUAUUGCGCAUUUCUCCCAGCUUUAUCAGGUUUGGAUCAUUUGAGAUCUUUAAAAGAGCUGAUGAGUUCACCGGACGUCAAGGUCCCAGCUAUGGUCACGAUGAGAUCAGAACCCAAAUGCUACAUUAUGUCAUCGAGACCUUCUACCCAGAGAUUCAUCAAAGUCACUCAGACAUCAUGGAGAGAAACACUGCCUUUUUCAGAGAGGUGACUGUACGUACAGCACGGCUGGUGGCUCAGUGGCAGUGUGUCGGGUUCUGUCACGGAGUCCUGAACACAGAUAACAUGAGCAUCCUUGGUCUUACUUUAGACUAUGGACCUUUUGGUUUCAUGGACAGGUUUGACCCAGAUUUCAUCUGUAAUGCCUCUGAUAACUCAGGCCGGUACUCUUACCAGGCCCAGCCAGCCAUCUGCCACUGGAAUUUAGCUCGGCUUUCAGAAGCCCUGGACCCUGAUUUACCUCCAGAGCAGGCCAAGCAGGUGCUGGAUGAGUACCUGCCUCUCUAUAAUGCAUUUUAUCUAAACAACAUGAGGAAGAAACUGGGUUUGUUGAGGAAGAAGGAACCAGAGGAUGAGACGCUCAUCACAGAAUUUAUGCAGACCAUGCAUAACACUGGUGCAGACUUCACCAACACAUUCCGCAGUUUGAGUCAAAUUUCCUGACCAAUUCAGGAGGAAGGAGAGGAGGAUGAAUUUGAGGCUGUUAAACAAGCCACAGAGCUGCUCUUGCAGCAGUGUGCCUCUCUAGAGGAGCUCAAGGGCGCUAACAGACCCACUAUGGAUCCACGUGAACUUGCAAUGCUGCUGUCCAUGGCUCAGAGUAACCCUGCCCUGUUCCAGAUGGUGUCAAACAGGAGCACACUGGUGCGACAGCUGGAAAAACUUUCAAGACUGAAGGAGCUAAUGGACACCAAUGAAGAACAGCUAAGUGCCAAGCAGGCUGAAGACUGGACCUGCUGGAUCAAAAAAUACAGACAGCGGUUGGCCUGUGAGUGUGAGCCAGGGGUUGAUGUAAAAGCUGUGCAGGAGGAGAGAGUCUGCGUGAUGAACAACACCAAUCCACGCGUGGUACUUAGAAACUACAUUGCCCAGAAUGCAAUAGAGGCAGCUGAAAAUGGUGACUUCUCAGAGGUCCAGCGAGUUCUGAAGGUGUUGGAAAAGCCGUUCUCUGUGCAGGAAGGCCUUGAACAGCCAAACUGGGUGGGAAGAGGAGGAGUGGACAAUCCAGGAGAGAGCGAUGAGACCGGAGAGGAAGGGAACACUUCAGGAUCACCUGGAGCUGAGCCUCGAGUACUAGUCCCCUAUGACAGCAAGCCCCCUGUUUGGGCCAAUGAGAUCUGUGUUACCUGAUCAUCAUAAAACCUUCAUGACAACUAACCUACUCAUUUACGCAGAGUAAUCCUGCAAAAUCUGGUUAGGGGUCAUUGAAGGUAUUAAAAGAGAGGUAUUAAACUCCUGUCCAACAGUUCAAAACAUGCAUGAAGAUAAUAUGUAGAGGCUAGUUGUAUCCUCAGAAUUUACUGUUUAUCUCUCUGUAUGUUUGACUGGUUAUGAAUGAUGACUUAGACCACCAGUCUACCAUUGAGAGGUCUCAGUCUGAACAAUAGAAGUUAUGCCUCUAUAUAUUAAUUUUAUAAUGACUAUGAAUAUGAUGUUCGUAAUUAAACGCACAAGCCAUUGAGCAAUGAAGCUCCAAAGCUUAAACGCACAAAUAGACAUGAGCCUUUAUUUGAUAGAGAUCUGUCUAACUUUAAAUCAUGGAUUUAGUAUGCAUCACUGAUUGAGUAUCUAAAACUGCCUGUAUUUGUAUAGUACAAAACUAUAGGCUACUGUCUAAAAGCAGUUUUUCUCUCCUACUUUAUAAUCCUAAACUAGUCAUCACUAGAUUCUUUUGAAGGUGUUAUUGAGAAAAAAAAUGGAAUUGGACAAUCUUUAUUAAACGUUUAUUUUGGUUUAAUGAA